AUGCGGUGUCGUUUCACUAGGCUCUGCCCCUCGAAUUUUGGGGAUACGACCUUGAGGUUGAAGUGCGUUUCGCCGUCCAUGGGGCUGAAGUUCUCGGGUUCGGGGGAAGGGAGGCGACUGCAUUGGGGUUCUGGGGUUAAAGGGCAAGUGGGUUCGAUUGGUUCGAUUGGUUUGUUGAGGUUGGGUUUAGGGUCCGGGAGAGAAGGUGUGGGAGUGAAAGGUUGGCCAUUGAAGGCCGAGAGGACCUUGAGAGAGAGAUCAAUGGUGGGAACAAUUACGAUGAUGAAGAUGAUAAUGACGAUGAGGAGUUUACACCAGAUGAAGAUGAUUUUUCAGAGGUGGAAGAAAUUGGGAGGAAGGGGGAAGAAAUCGGGAGAGAGAAUCUGGUCGGAACUUGUGCUUUGCAAGUUAUCCUCAAGAAAGCCAUUCAGGAACUGA